AUGAUCUAUAAGAAUUUAAAAUUCAAUGAUGAUCCUGUGCAAUUAACAAAAUACAUCAAUAAGCGUCUUAUGACGAAUGAUUUACUGUGUUUCUGGAAUGCCCCCGCUGACACGAUCGAUGAAAAAAUUCACUCUGCUCUCUCCCAUUGCCCAGCUACAACAAUUUGUGUUGAGAGAAGUUUUAGUAUGUUGAACAAGACAUUAGCACACGAUCGUAACUUCAAAUCAAGUAACGUAGUAAGUUACCUGAAGCCAAGAAUAAACAAAUAA